CUUCCUGUAUAUUCAGAUGAGGCAGGUAGCCACGCCCCCUGAGGAACUUCCGCAUUGUGCGCAGACGCACCACUAACAACAACAACAACAAGUACAAGUUGAAAACAUCACAAAACAAUCGCCCGGAUCACCCAUUUUAAACCUAAAGCAUGAAGGUGAGAAAGGUGGAGAAAGCGGUGGUGAGCGUGGAACAAUCUGAAGGUGUGGGCGCCCGUGUCCGCAGAAGCAUCGGUCGGAAGGAGCUGCAAAACCUGGAUCCAUUUCUGAUGUUGGACGAGUUCCGCGUGAACAAGCCAGCAGGUUUCCCAGACCACCCUCACCGAGGCUUUGAAACGGUGACCUACGUGUUGGAGGGGGUCCUGGCCCACGAGGACUUCUGUGGACACUCAGGGAGACUCCAGGCAGGAGAUCUGCAAGUACGGAAAUGGAUGACUGCGGGGCGGGGAGUGGUCCAUGCAGAAAUGUGCGCCUCUGAGGAGACUUUGGCGGGUUUGCAGCUGUGGGUCAACUUGUCCAAGCGAGACAAGAUGGUGGAACCUGCCUACCAGGAGCUGCUGGCCUCCAGCAUCCCCAAAGCCUCCCAGGGAGGAGUCACUGUGGCCGUCAUCUCUGGGGAAGCCCUUGGAGUUAAGUCUCCGGUCUUCACCCGGACCCCGACCAUGUACCUGGACUUUGUGCUGCAGGCAGGAGCCCAGCACCAGCAGCCAGUCCCUGCAGGAUGGACCGCCUUCAUUUACACUUUAUCAGGAUCACUUCAUGUCGGCCCAGUUGAGUCGCAGCAGGAAGUAGGAGCUCAUCACACACUUUUGUUUGGAGAUGGAGACUGUGUCUUAACACACAACAAGGGGUCUGAGGUGUCACGGUUUGUUCUGGUGGCAGGAGAACCCAUAGGAGAACCGGUGGUCCAGCACGGGCCGUUUGUGAUGAGCUCGCAGGAAGAGAUCCUGCAGGCUCUCAGAGAUUACAGAACGUCCUCUAAUGGUUUCCAGCGUGCUCUCAACUGGACAUCUAGCAUCUCACACUCCUCAUAGCACACACAUGAGAUAUCACGACUCACACACACUUGUAUCAUUUUGUGGUGAAUGUUAGAAGAGGUUUGACCAAGUGAAAGUAGUCCAACAGACAACAAUGCUAACCAUGAAAAACAUAUUUAUAACUGUUUGGAAUGAACUUAUGCUGUCUUUAAGUUGAAGUGGAGUGGUUAUUGGGUUUUCUUGUGUGACACUGAGUCACCACAAUCAUUUAUGAAGUCAAGCUAGUAAGAUGAAUGAUGCGGACACGUUUGUUACUGAGCACUUUACACUUUGUGUGUGCACGUAAUAUGUGACUAUAAAGAUUUUAAACUUGUUUAUAUUGACUAAUGUUUCAUAGUUCAAUGAUUAUGAUCUAUGUCUAGCUUGUGUGCUAGUGUGUGCUUAGCUGUUGUGUAGCUGCUCGCUCCCAUAGCCUAGCAUGUUGACCUUUUGGGAAUCACUUUAGUAAAAUAGAAUAAAUGCUGUGUUUAUUGGACAACAUUUACAUAUUGAAGUUUUAAAAAAAAUAUGGUUUCAUUUUAACAAGAGUACAUCAUUUUGUUUCCUCAUUAAAUGAUUACAAUUCAUUCCCACAA